GGCGGGAAACCAAAAUGGCGGCGGCGGCGGCGGCGGCGGCGGCGGCGGAUCGGGUUCCAGAUGUGGAGCUUCCGCCGCUGGACCCGAACGAGGUGAGCGCCCGGCAGUUCCGGAACCGCCGCAAAGUGAUCAUCCGGGGACUGCCCGCCGAUGUCAGCAAGCAGAAGGUGCACGAAAUGCUGCGCGACUUCGAGCUGCAGCACUGCUCUGUGGACAGACACAGCAGCACGGCCUCCAUCACUCUGCCUGACGCCUCUCAAGCCGCGCGCGCCAUGCAGCGCCUGCAGCGCCGUCACCGCCUGCAUGCAGAAUUGCAGCCGUGCAGCGCCGUCCUCUGCGUGGCCCACCUGCCCCGGAGCUGCAGCUGGCAGCAGUGGGAGGCGUUGGUGCGGCCCUACGGCGCCGUGGGGCGCUGUCGGUUGGUGCACGGCCGCACUUCGGGGCGCUGCAAAGGCUACGGCUUCGUGGAGUAUUUGCACGAGGAGGCGGCCGCCGUCGCACACUCGGAGCUGCAGGGCCGUGCCCUGGGGGCACACGUGCUGUUCGUGCGUCGGUGCGAGGGGAGAGGGGCGGCGAUGGAGGAGGAGGAUUUGCACACGCGCUGUUUGUGCGUGGAAGGGCUGCCCAGGGGGUACGCGGACGGAGAGGGGCUCCGGAGGGUCUUCUCGGGGGUGUGCGGCCCCACGUUCUGUCAGUUGGCCUACGGGCCGGACGGGCAGCCGCUGAGUUUUGCCGUGCUGGAAUACGACUGUGCGGACGCGGCUGAACGCGUGCAGGCCGCCAUGGACGGGGCUCUCAUCGGCGGCAACCGUGUCUGUGUGUCCUUCUGUGCCCCGGGGCUGCCCGGCCACCAGAUGCUGCCCGCCCUCAUCGCCGUCCGCACCGCGGCUCAGAGCCGUGGCCGAGGGCUCCUCCCCGACCCCACACUGCUGCAGAUCCUCAGUGCCCUCCGCAGCCCCACUGCUGCCCCACUGCUGCGCGGAGCCCUGGGGGGCAAACGGGGUCUCCUCGGUGCUGCCCCAUUGCUGCCGUUCUGCCCCACUGUGCUGCAGUCGGCGCUGCAGAACCCAAUGCGGAAGCCGGGGCUGCUGGGGGAGGCACCACUGGGGGCGCUGCCCCGCGGCAUUGUGGGAAUGCCAGCACUGAACGCUGCGCCGCUGCUGGGGGACACCGCCACCGGACCUUCCCAACCAAUCCCAUGGCUCUGUGACCUUCCAGGACCCUUCCAACCUAUCCUAAGACUUUCCAGGACCUUUCUGACCUAUCCUGUGACCUUCCAGGACCUUUCCAACUCAUUCUCUGACCUUUGAGGACCUUCCAGGACCCUUCUGAUCCAUUCUCUGACCUUCCGGGACCCUUGCAACCCCUUCUGUGACCUUCCAUGACCUCUCCAACCCCUUCUAUGACCUUCCAUGACCUUUCCAACCCCUUCUGUAACCUCCCAUGACCCUUCCAACCCCUUCUGUGACCUUCCAUGACCUUUCCAACCCCUUCUGUGACCUUCCAUGACCUCUCCAGCCACUUCUGUGACCUUCCAUGACCUUUCCAACCCCUUCUAUGACCUUCCAUGACCUUUCCAGCCCUUCUCUGACCUUCCAUGACCUUUCCAGCUCCAUCUGUGACCUUCCGUGACCUUUCCAACCCCUUCUCUGACCUUCCAUGACCUCUCCAACCCCUCCUGUGACCUUCCAUGACCUUUCCACCCCCUUCUGUGACCUUCCAUGACCUUUCCAACCCCUUCUGUGACCUUCCAUGACCUUCCCAACCCCUUCUGUGACCUUCCAUGACCUUUCCAACCCCUCCUGUGACCUUCCAUGACCCUUCCAACCCCUUCUGUGACCUUCCAUGACCCUUCCAACCCCUUCUGUGACCUUCCAUGACCCUUCCAACCCUUCUCUGACCUUCCAUGACCUUUCCAGCCCCAUCUGUGACCUUCCAUGACCCUUCCAACCCUUCUCUGACCUUCCAUGACCUUCCCAACCCCUUCUCUGACCUUCCAUGACCUUUCCAACCCCUUCUGUGACCUUUCAUGACCUUUCCAGCCCCUUCUCUGACCUUCCAUGACCUUCCCAACCCCUCCUGUGACCUUCCAUGACCUUCCCAAUCCUUCUAUGACCUUCCAUGACCUUUCCAACCCCUUCCAUGCUCUUCCCAACCACAUCUGUGACCUUCCAUGACCUUUCCAACCCCUUCCGUGACCUUCCAGGCCCCAUUCCCGCUGUCUUCCCCCCCCUACAGGCGGUGACGUCCCCCCAUGUCCCCCGGUGGGGGGCGUUGCCAUGGCGGCGGAUCGGGACGGCCCCUCAUUGACCGCAUCCCUCCUGAGCACCAACAACAGGCGGAGCGCCGCCGCC